UUAUGUAUUUGUCUUAUUUGGAAAAGUUUGAACUGUAGUGGCAACGCAACUUCCCCAAUGAAUUAAAGAAAUUCUGAUUUUCUCACUUCAUGCAGCGUUGCGAUUACGUCAAUCCCACGUGACUCAAAAGGCGGAAGUCCUCGUGGCGAGUUGUCUGAACCGUAAGAAGUGUUGACGCUCGUUGGUCUCGCCAAACAGGAAAAGUGAGCGUCAAAAGACAGAAACGGCAGCCGUAGUGGUGGCAGCAGCUUUCCCUGUAGCUCCCUCCACUUCAGGCUUCCAGGAUGUUGUCUGAAGGGAGCUCGUUCAUGAAGGGGAUGGUCAUGGGUGGAAUCUUCUGCUUGGUUCUGUCCUUGCUGAGUAGUUUCACCCCCAGUGAAUCUGGGACUGAGGACCAUCAUCAACAUCACCAUGUAAAGGCUCCCAGCAGGGAAGAGCUCAAACGCUACUCCAGCUCCAAAGUGCAUGAGCUGACAAAUCAGGUCCGGGUCUACUGUGUCAUCAUGGUCCAACCUAAAGUCCUGGUUUACUGGGCGGCAGCCAAAGACACAUGGAGUAAACACUGCGACAACCCUGUGUUUUAUAGUUCUGAGUCAUCCAAAGCUCUGGAGGCUGUAGACCUGGACGAAAAGGACGACUGGGCCCGGCUCCGUAAGGCUCUGACUCAUGCUUUUGAAAAUGCAGGUGAUCUGCGCUGGUUCUUUAUCGCUCAACCGACGACAUUUGCCAUCAUUGAGAACCUCAAGUACCUGGUGCUAGCGAAGGAUCCGAGGGAGCCGUUCUACUUGGGCCACGCCAUGAAAUCGGGAGAGCUGGAGUACGUGGCGUAUGACAGCGGCAUUGUUUUAAGCUACGAGGCUCUGAGGCGUUUAGUCAAAGUGUUUAAUGAUGAGCACAAGUGUCCAGAAAAGGGCAGAGCUCUAUGGAAGCUGAGUGAGGACAAGCAGCUCGCCGUGUGUCUGAAAUACACGGGCGUGUUUGCAGAAAACGGAGAAGACUCUCAGGGGAAGGGCGUUUUUAACACCCGAACUGUGGACAGUCUGAUCACAGACAGCAUGAAGGAGAACCCCAACAACGUGGUGGACGGCUGCUGCUCCGACCUGGCCGUCACCUUCAAUGGGAUGUCACCCAACCAGAUGCAGGUGAUGAUGUUUGGUGUCUACAGACUUCGUCCGUACGGACACGACUUUCAGGACUCAUUACUGUUUAACCCCCCUACAGGGUCGAUAAAUGACUAGACUGUUUUCUUCUCAAGGAAAAUUUUUAUUUAAAUCUGCUUCUGUGAUGGCAAGUGUGACUCUGGGGAAGUGGUUCUUCUGUAUUGUUCUCUCACUGGAUCUGCCAUGUUUUACCUCUGGACAGUGCGCAGGUCGACAGGUGGACCCAGGUUGGGAAUCAGCAGUUGGCGGGGAAACUAGUGUCAAUGAAAUACUCGGCUCAUAUGAUGAUGUUGUUACAGAGUUGGAUGGUUGUGUUAUUAGACGUUAAUGCAGACAUAAAUGUGAGUUAAUGUACUGAUUUAUAGUCUGAUUUAUAAAUCGACCGUCACAUUUAUUAUUUCUUUUACAUUUUCUUUUAUUGUUUUGUGUAACCAGAAGUUCCGAUUUUGUUAAACAUGAGUAAUAUGUAAUUACAUAAAGGCAGUUAUGGUAAUAAGCAUAAUUAAAUAAUAAAACAACAGGUUAAAUUGAAUCAGUAAGAAAAAAAUAGCAGAAGAAAAAAAAUAUGGCAGCUUGAUAUUUUCAUUCCAUGUUUUUAAGAAUACAUUUCUAAACGGACAUGUUUUCCUUUUAGUAACUCACUAAAGGAGUGUGUUUGUAAGUAAUAGGAAAUACUUGGACAUAUUUACUAUCUUAUUUCAGGAAGGCUUUGUCUCGAAUGAAAUCUGUUGCUCUUUUAUCAGAAGCAUUAUUUAGGUCCACAUCUUUAUGCUGAGAACACAUGCAGAUUUAGUUUCUGUCUUGGCUUGAUUGUGCACCUUAUUUAAAGAAAUUCAUUAUCGUUUUCUUAAUUGACUCAUUUUAUCUUUCGUGGUUCAUGAUCUGAGAAAGGAAAAUGCUGAGUUUUACUUAAGUGGUUAAUGUGUUUUCCUUGUCACAUCUGGGUCUUCUGGUAUAAAAAGAGACAUCAUUUUUGAAAUAUAAAAUUUCUCUGGUUUUUAAUGAAAUGACUUGUCUGUGGUUUUUCUUGCAUAUUUUCUUUUAAACUGGAAGGUUUUAUUUUUUAAAACUUGAAUAUGGCAUGGCAACACAGUGCUGGUUUGUAGUGUCCAUCUAUCCAUGCUAUUUUCGUUCUCCAACGUAAUCCAGAUACAUAUAUUAAGGUUAAUCGACGACUUUUAAACGUGUUUACGUGUGACUGCGUUCUGUCUAUGAGCCUUGUAAUGACCUGACAUCCUGGUGAACGUGUAAAAUAUUGUUUUUCAUUUGGGAGGCUGGUUCUGGGGCUUGCGUGGGGCACGAAGACUAUCAGCUUGUGCUGGUACUGCUUUGCGAGGGACGUUGCUUGAAUAAAGAUUUGUACAUU